UGUUGAUACAGUACAGUAAGGACAGUAACAUUUCCCCCCCUGUUCCCCCUGGCAUUAACUGCGGAGGCAAAACCAACAUGGCCCCCACUCUAUUCUUUGUUUCAGCUGAUUUACAUACACUAUGGUGCCACAUCUUAUAAUUUUAUUUCUACACUACUACUCCACAUGUCAGUCUAUACAUGCAUAUUACUAUUUAUUUAGCUUAUAUUUUCCACCGUUGCAUAGAAGGAUCAAUACACUGCACCACCCCCGGGGUGGGUCAGUCUCGGGGUUUGCCCUCGUAAAAGGUAAUCAUGCCGAUUCCUGCGUACAUCAUAUUCCUAUCUCCCCCUUCUCAAGUUCCUGAACAGCAUUUUGAUUGAACCUCGGAAAGAUAAAAA